GGCGGGCCGGCAUGGCGGCGGCAGCGGCCUUGCUGGGCCGGGCCGCGGGGCUGGGCCUGGGCCUGGUCGCGGCCGCGGGCGGGCGGCGGCUCCUCCGGUGCGGGACGGGAGCGGGGCUGCGCGAGCGGGGCGCGGGGACCCUCCUCGACGGUGCCCUCGUGUGCAGGGCCGGGGGCGCGGCGGAGCGCUGCCUGUCUCGGGGCACCGGCUGGAGUCAGCGCCCGAAGCGGCCUCUCACCGCCUAUUUUCGCUUCGUGAUGGACAACCGCCCGGCCUUCAGGGAGAAAAACCCAGGAGCGAGCAACACGGAACUGAUUAAAAAAUUGGCAGGUGCGUGGAAGGAGUUACCAGCAUCACAGAAACAGGUUUACGAGGAAGCAAAGAAGACAGACUGGAAAAGAUACGGAGAGCAGAUGGCUGCUUAUAAAGCCCAGCUGACUCCAGCCCAGGCUGCGGCUCUGAAAGAGGAAAGGAGAAAACAGCUGGCUAAGAGAAGAUCAAUCAGGGCAAAAAGAGAAUUGAAUCUCCUUGGAAAACCUAAAAGAGCUCGUAGCGGCUUUAACAUCUUCCUGUCAGAAAAUUUUCAAGAAAGUGAAGGAAAUUCACCUGUGGCAAAGCUGAAGAAACUCUUUGAUACGUGGCAAAAAAUGUCUGCUUCCCAAAAGCAGCCAUACUUGCAGCUUGCUGAGGACGACAAGGUUCGGUAUGAGAAUGAAAUGAAAUCAUGGGAAGCAAAAAUGAUUGAGCUGGGACGUGAAGACCUGGUGCGUGCCAAAAAGCAAAGGUUAAAAAAGAAACCUGCUGAAACUGCAAAGCAAACUGAAACAGCCAAAGCCAAAGCUUCCUCAAGUGGAAAAAAGGCAAAAUUGAAAAAAUCUGAAGAAUAAAACAUCCCCUGUGGUUGUCUUAUUUCUGUCCUGCUGUGUUCAUGCUGCAGUCAGCAUUAGCACUGAAAUGUGGGAAACCCGUGAAGGGCCCUUGGGAAAGGUGAUCAGGUAAGAGAGGAGUUACUGUCUCUCAGAAGUGACUGAAACAAUCACUGCAGGUGUAGCCUGAACUGUAGAGUAGCAAUUAAUCAAGCUGUGAAUACUGAUACCCACUGACAGCAGCAGUGCUCUCCAGUAACGGUUGAUCAUACCCAGCUUUUAUAAGGUAUUUUUUAAUGAAAAAAUAAAAAAUAUUCUUUAUGAAAGAAAGAAUAUUCUGCAAUGUUACCAUCAAAAUUCUGUAAAUAAGAGCUGAAAUCAGAGUUAACACUGCUGUGUUUUAUUCCCUCCAUGUUAUUGCUAGUGAGAUGUUCUACAUUUCAUCAGGCACAAGAAACACAAAAUGCUAGCUUUUAUUUUAUGCAUCUGUCUUUUUGUACCUGUUAAUCUGUGUAUGCCAUUUCUGUUGCAUUUAAAGACCAUGUGUUUUGUACCUUUAUUGGACUUUGAUUUUGUAGUUUUGUUUGGAUACGUACAAACAUUUUUGUCUUGCUGUUGUCACAUUUGGGAUGACCUAGAAGGAAAAGAAGUAUGUGAACUGUUUGAGUUUUGGUGUAAUAAAUACAGCUAUUUUGAAGA